CCAUCAGACUAACUAAAAGCUCCAGGUUUUCCAAAGAUUUCACAUUUCUUAGUGUGCUGGGUGCAGGAGGCUUUGGGUGUGUGACUAAAGCCCAGCACAAAGUGGAUGGAAAAACGUAUGCCGUGAAGAUUGUGAAGGAUAUGGGAGAAGCCAAUCGUGAAGUGAAAGCGCUGGCUACCUUGGAACAUUCUAGCAUUGUUCGCUACUACUCGACUUGGUCUGAGGAUGCCAAUUGGGUCGACGGAAGCUACAGCACAGAGUCGUCAGUCCUGUCUAAAAUCUCAGAAGACUCGGACAAUUAUUCAGACCAGGGAGAUGGAUCUACACAUGUAACAAACCAAUCAGAUUUAGACCUGUCUGAAACAGCCAGUGAAGACCAAGCAAACCACUCAAUGACCGAUUCCAGCUCAAGAAAUGGGGACUGGCUUUGUUUGUUCAUUCAGAUGGAGUUCUGUGAGGGAGGGACACUGAAGGACUGGAUUAUCAAAAAUAACGGUAGAAGUAAGGACGAGGCACUUGGAAUAUUUCAGCAAAUGCGGUGCGGAGUGGAAUACAUCCACUCCAAAGGACUUAUUCACAGAGACUUAAAGCCAGAGAACAUAUUGUUUGGAAGUGAUGGCAUGGUGAAGAUUGGAGACUUUGGUCUUGUGACCACUAUCACUACUCCGAGUGCAGCUUCAAUGUACAGGACCGUCAACAAAGGAACACCAUUAUACAUGAGCCCUGAGCAGAAGACUGGGGGGAAAUAUGAUGAGAAAACUGAUAUAUUCUCUCUGGGAAUGAUAUAUUUUGAACUCCUGUGGGACAUGUCCACUGUCUCGGAGAAGAUCAAGGUGUUCGAGAGCCUGCGGACACAGAUAUUUCCUUGUAACUUCUGUAAGAAGUUUUUCUUCGAGCAUAAACUCAUCAGUAAAAUGCUGUCAGAGUCACCUGCAAACCGGCAAAACGCCAAAGAGAUUGCUGCAUUCCUGAAACGCUGCCUGCUCCAAAAUCAAACUGGACAACUACUGAAAACUGUAUGAAAUGUUGUAGGGUAGUGGCUUGAAAUGCUUGUGUAGAACACUGAGAGUAGAAUAGAUAUGUCAUAUUCAAGACAGGGUUAGAGCUCAUAGUGACAGUCAUGUCUCAACUGAAGCAGCAAACGCUGUCUCUUUUUUUUUUCUACAGUACAGUUUCUCAAAUGUGAUAACUUUUUAAAAGUUGGUGAUUACAUAGAAUAGAGGGUAAAUUGUAAUAUUAAUAUUAUGUGUAGGAUUUUUCUAGGGGUCUACCACAUAAUUCUAAUGCUGAAACCAAGGUGUACUUUUUAAAAUUGUAUUUAUUUUUAUUUAACCUUUAUUUAACCAGUUAAGACCCAUUGAGGUUAAAAACCUAUUGUGGCUGGCAAGAAGGCAAAACAGGGAAAUAGCAGCGUGUAAAUAAAAUAUUACAGAAAAAUACAAAAGACAAAGUGUCACAAGUUCCAGAAACAAUUGAAGAUUAGAAACAACUGGAGCUGUCACAAACAGUGUCGUCGAUCAGAGAAUUAAAAACAGGCAAGGACACUAACUUUUAUAUAUUUUGAAGCAUGUUCCAGGAUGAAGGGGCAUUAUGGGAAAAAUAUUGUUUCCCCAUCUCAGUUCUAGCCUUAGAAACAGACAAGGACAACAGCCACUGUGAACGAAGACUGUAGUGAGUGACUGAUCUGGUCAGUAAUCACAACAUGUACAGGGUUGAAAUGAUGUCAAAUUUUAUUGUGAUCAUUUCUUCUUCAUAACUUUCUACUUAUAACAAGGGCACAUUGACAGAAUCAUGGAGUUUAUUUAAAAGUAAAUGAAAACAUGCAACAUUGAAUGUUUUUACAGGAAAAUGGGUACUCAUAUGGUUUCUUCCUUCCUAAUGUCUUUUCAUAACUAUGCAACUUGUGGGCUUUUUUAAUUAACGUGAUUUAUAAUUAAAUGUUGCAGUCGCAUACUGUAUUAAGAGCUUAUUAAAUAAAUGUCCAACACCAA